GGAUGAGUUGCAAUGGAUGUCGAGUUCUUCGAAAGGGAUGUAGUGAGAAUUGUGUCCUCCGGCCGUGUUUACAGUGGAUCCAAACGCCUGAAUCUCAGGCUUACGCCACAGUCUUCGUCGCCAAAUUCUUCGGCCGUGCCGGUCUGAUGUCGUUCAUCUCCGCCGUUCCUGAUAAUCAACGUCAAUCUUUGUUUCAGUCGUUGCUAUUUGAAGCUGCUGGCCGGACUGUAAAUCCAGUGAACGGUGCCGUCGGCCUUUUAUGGACAGGCAACUGGCACGUUUGUCAGGCGUCAGUUGAGACGAUCCUCCGAGGCGGUACGUUACGACCGAUUCCGGAGCUUUUAAACGGACAUCCAGCGACGCCGGAACUCGGUGAUUCAUCGGAAACAGAUGUAAUGUGCACUGACAUGUUCCAGCUUCAGGAUCCAAUUACGCAUUCGCGAUCUAAGGUACAGAAACGCCGGCGAAGCUAUGAGCCACAAUCAAGCAUGACGCAGUUACAGGAUCUCGAUCUGAAUCUAAACCAGAGUUUUCUAGCUAAAAAAGGGAAGCCGGAGAAACAGCGACUGGGAAGUCCCUCGAUGAACUCCGAAGAUUCCGUUACUACGACGUGUUUGGAUGCUGUUUUCCGAGAUUACAAUCAUAAUCCACGAGGAAGAGGAGACGGAGAACCGCAAAUUUUGAAUUUAUUUAACUGAUUAACUCGAUCGGAGCUAUCUUAUAGUAUGAGAUAACGUAAUUUCCUUCUGAGAUUUCCGAUUUUGUUUCAUAGAAAGGGAAGAUGUUGGCCGGAAUUUUGGAUUCCGGCAAGUUUUGUAGAUCACCGGCACGGGAUUUCCCUCUGUCUUUCCUUAUCCGUACAUCAACAGCAUACAUGGAAAAGGGAAAAAUGAAAGUUAGGCGGUGAUGUAUUAAGAUUCUACAA